ACCAACGAGAGAGGAUGCUGGACAUCUUGGAAGAGUCACGGUGCUUCAUACUUUUCUCAGCCUCCCCUUUCUCCGUUUAAGGCUAAAAAGUUGUUCAAUUUCGUGUUUGUUAGGAGAUAAAAAGGCUUUGGGUUUUUUUGAAGUUUUUUUUUUCUCUCUUGAAUGACUAUCGUUAGAGGACUAUCGUGAGAGGGGGCUAAACGCACACAUUUUAAGCUUGUUUUUUGUGAAUGGAGAGGGCAAAGCAUUGCGCGUGAGCAUCUAUCCCUUUCAAAGAACUGUCCCUUUCCCACCUGUUGGGACAGGUGAAUUGGCUCUGCCCGUGGACUAUGACAUUGGACUUGAAGCCCAUGGAAGAUUUUGUUAUUGACGUAGUAGGAGAAGGACUCAGGGAUAACGGAGAGGAGAAUCUCGUGUCCUUACCUUUGGAAGAGGCGAGAAGCGCAGAUUAUGAACCGGACACUUUUUUGUCUUCGAGCGGGCAGGACGAGGAUAGGGAGGAUUACUCACCCACGUCGAAUUGUCCUCCAGCAGUAAGUAAAAGCCCGGCGUCGGUAAAGCCUCCGUACUCCUACAUCGCUUUGAUAACAAUGGCCAUAUUACAAAGCCCCAAAAAGCGUCUUACCCUCAGCGAGAUAUGUGACUUUAUCAGCCACCGCUUCGUUUAUUAUCGUGAGAAGUUCCCUGCCUGGCAGAAUUCCAUCAGACACAACCUUUCGCUCAAUGACUGCUUUGUCAAAAUGCCCCGGGAGCCUGGUAAUCCAGGGAAGGGAAACUACUGGACGCUGGACCCCAAUUCUUCGGACAUGUUUGAGAAUGGGAGCUUUCUGCGUCGAAGGAAGAGGUUCAAACGCCAGCAUUUUCGUUUCGGGGUGCUGAAGGAGCAACCCCUAGAGCCCAGUGUCUUUCACAACUUUUAUGGUACUUAUGGACUUGGCACAGCGGGUCUUCAGCUACCCAGUUUGGAGAUAUAUCCGUUCGGCGUCCAUCACCAUGCAUACUCGUCAUGCGCGCCCACCAUCCCACCUGUUAGCAGCCUCCUACCGGCUUUGUCGAGCCUGUUUACCCGGAACUCUUUCGCUGCCAAGGCUUUUCUUCAAUCACAGCAGCCUGUCACUAUCGGGUCCUUCAAUCCGAGCCGCUGUGCCACCUUUUCUUCCGCUAUGACCCCCAGCGCUCCAUACGCGUCCCCUGCGCUGUUCCACUCCGCGGCGUCUCCACAUCUCGUCAGUUUACAUCAAGAAUAUCAGAAAUUACAGACUCAGCGCAGCACCUCUGACCUGGCUAAAUGAGCCGUGCUUGUGAAUAUUUGAGUUGUGUUUCAGACUUUAAAUUGUUGAUUUGUAUCUCAGGGGAUAGAGAUUUUUGAAGCUCUUGUGGAAACACAGGUAUUUUGCCAAUGGUAAUUGGAUGGACUUUCUUGUUGAUCUAGGCCUAUUUGAAAAGUUCUUAAGUAUGCUGUAGAUUUAUGCCUUGCAUUGAUUACAUUUUUCAUAGCAUCUUGCGUUUUUCUUUCUAAAGUAUGAAAUUACAUUUGUCCAUUGAAAUGCAAAUAUUUAACAGAAGAGUUUCCUUUUACAUUCGGAAAUAAAUAAAGUGAAUUAUUUAAAACAACAUAUUUAACUCAGUCAUAUUUCUUAUAGGCCUUUGUCUCACUGACCUGUCAAUGUUGCGCAAAUGAAGAUCUGUCAUUGAUGCCUUUAACAACUGAUGGAAAUAUAGCUGCACAUUUUUUUUACCUAUAGUAGGCCUAAAUGCGCAGUGAACUUGAUUGCAUCUUUCAACAAGAAAACCAUUCAAUUCAGAAUUUUGUUGAGUGUGUAGGUGAUGCAUGGGUUAAAUUAUGUUCAGAACUUUUUACAAAAUUAGGGUAAUUUUUGUUUGGCUGUUUAGCAUUUCUCUAAUAAUAAAAUAUUAUUUGAUUCGAUGAUAUGAUGUUUAGGCCUAUAUGUAAAAAAUUUAAGCCUAUAUUAAGUCAAAUAAAAUUAUUAAAAUAAUUGUCCAAUUUUGCCCGUAUAGCUUUAAAAUUGUCUGUCGAAACAGGGACUCGGGAUCAAGUGAUGUGCGGAAUCAAAUGAUAUAAAGAUCACAUGAACGAGAUGCAAUAUUGUGUUUACUCUAAUCUAGACUAAAUCAAAUAUCCUGGAAAAUAUGUUAGGCCUACAUGUUGAUGAUUUUCUGAUACUGCAAUUGAAACUUUUUUUAUUUGUCGUUUUUUUUAUGA